GUUUGUACUGCUUGGCCCACCACAGGCUUUCCAGGUGGGAAAGUUGGGCUGAGUGAAACCACCCAGAAGAACCUGAAAGUAAAUCCAGGUGAUGCCGUCACUGUGCAGCCUGUGACUGGUGCAGUCAUCCAGGCAGAGGAAGUCGAUGUAAAGUUGAGGGACAAAGAUGCCACCAUUAAUGCCGAGGAAAUGUCUGUCUGUCUACUGAGAAACCUAGAUGGAAAAAUAGUUUUACCGGGAAACCUCUUGGCUUUCACUUCCUAUGGCAAACUUUGUAACAUCGUGGUGAUGAAAGUGAAAGGAACUGAUGGUGCAGAGCUGACUGCCCAGGGCAGUGCUAUUUCCAGUGAUAUGCAUGAGCCAGACCUUGAAAGAUCCGAUUUGGAGACGAGUACGUUAGAUUUGUCCGUACAGCUCGGCAAGAUGGACAUUGAUGAUAGUCCAGAGGUUGCAUCUACGAGCACACCAAGCAAACCGAUGGAUCCAGCCAGUGGUCAAGACUCUGGUCAGGGAGAUAAAACCUACAGCAAGGGAGAUGGUGCAGACCUCACUGACGAUUUGGAGUUGGCUGGGAAAGGAGGCAGUGAGGGAGUCCCCCUAACUGGCAAAACUGGAGCAAUAAGCAACACAGACGCUUUCUAUUUCAUUUCUUCAAGAACUAGAAUCAAUUUUAUUGAAACAAGGACCAGUGUAGCUGAAGAUGGUGAUUGUGAAUCCCGAGUUACCUAUGAUAUGAUAGGAGGUUUAAGCAGCCAGCUCAAAACGAUUAGAGAAACAGUUGAACUGCCCUUGAAGCAAGCUGAACUGUUCAAGAGUUACGGAAUCCCUCCUCCUAGAGGAGUGCUAUUAUAUGGCCCUCCAGGUACCGGGAAGACUAUGAUUGCCAAAGCCAUUGCAAAUGAGGUUGGCGCUCAUGUUACCGUUAUUAAUGGUCCUGAAAUAAUAAGCAAGUUUUAUGGGGAGUCUGAAUCAAGAUUACGCCAGAUAUUUGCUGAAGCUUCUCUGCGUCGACCCUCCAUUGUAUUUAUAGAUGAGUUGGAUGCACUCUGCCCAAAGAGAGAAGGGGCUCAGAAUGAAGUUGAAAAGAGAGUUGUUGCUUCAUUGCUGACAUUAAUGGAUGGCAUUGGCUCAGAAGGCAGCGAAGGGCAGCUCUUAGUACUUGGGGCCACUAAUCGUCCUCAUGCACUGGAUGCAGCACUGCGCAGACCUGGACGUUUUGAUAAAGAGAUAGAAAUUGGAAUUCCUAAUGCCCAAGACCGUCUGGACAUACUCCAAAAACUUCUCAAGAAAGUUCCCCAUUCGCUCACAGCAGCGGAGUUGGCACAACUGGCUGACAGUGCACAUGGUUAUGUGGGUGCAGACUUAGCAGCUUUGUGCAAGGAAGCAGGUUUGUACGCAUUGCGGAGAGCGCUGGGGAAAAGACCUAACUUAUUAGACAACGAGGUGGCUGGGUCAGUGAAGAUUGCUUUCAAUGACUUCCUGCAGGGGAUGAAUGAUGUCAGGCCCAGCGCCAUGAGGGAGGUGGCAGUUGAUGUGCCAAAAGUAUCUUGGUCAGACAUAGGAGGACUAGAAGAUGUCAAGCUGAAAUUGAAGCAGGCAGUUGAAUGGCCUCUCAAACAUCCCGACUCCUUCACCCGAAUGGGGAUUCAGCCUCCAAAAGGUGUGCUGCUUUACGGACCUCCUGGGUGCUCAAAAACAAUGAUAGCAAAAGCUUUGGCUCACGAGAGUGGUCUCAACUUCUUGGCAGUGAAGGGACCUGAGCUGAUGAAUAAAUAUGUUGGUGAGUCUGAACGAGCAGUGAGAGAGAUCUUUAGGAAAGCCAGAGCGGUGUCUCCUUCAAUUCUUUUCUUUGAUGAAAUAGAUGCCUUGGCAGUUGAAAGGGGAAACUCUUCAGGUGCUGGAAAUGUAGCAGACCGUGUCUUGGCUCAGUUGUUAACGGAAAUGGAUGGGAUAGAACAGCUGAAGGACGUGACAAUCUUGGCAGCUACAAACAGACCAGACAUGAUAGACAAG